AUGCCCAGCGACUCCGCCGACGAGAAAGAUUGCAGCGCCAACGCUGUGAACCCCUUUGACAGCGCCGCGAAGCAGCAGUUCAGCCCCGACGACUCGCGCCUUUUCCUGAUGAUCCAGAUCAAGGCGAGGGUGCUGAGGGCGCCGAUAACUACGCUGGGGAAGAAGCCAGCUGCGAAGGAACAUGUAACCUUGGAAGUCACACAUCCACACCAUGCGAUGCCGGCCCUGCUGAUUCUUCGCCCGUCUUGUCCCUUUCCAAAAGUCACCGCGUACCAAGCUUAG